AUGAAGAUACCACAAUGCAAGUGUGGUUAUUGCACCUGUGAUAUUGCAAGUCAGGUGACUUCUUUGAGAGAAGAAGAUUAUCUUCAUUAUUUUUUGAUUGGUUUAGAUAGUGAGUAUGGGUCACUGCGCGAACAACUAUUGGCAAGAGAUCUACUGCCAUCGAUUGAUGCAACAUACCAAACUAUAUUGAAUUCAGAACGUCUGAGAAUAGGUGAUGUAGUUUUGUCGAAAGAAGGACAAGACAAUGUUAUGGCAUUUAAAGUUCAACCUGAUCAGCGUCCGAACACCAACACAUAUGAUCCUGCCGAGUACUGUAAACACUGUAAUAGAGAAGGACACUCGGAUGAGGGAUUUUAUCAAUUAAUUGGCUAUCCUGAAUGGUGGGGAGACAGACCUCGCGGUGGAAAAGGAUAUGGAAGAGGAGGCAGGACAGGUCGUAAAGGUCGAGGUGGUUCAGCAUAUGGCAGAGGAGGUAGAGUACGUGGAAGCAGCAACACAGUUCGUGCGCAUAACCUGAAUAUACCAGCGGUACAACAGUCAAGUGGUGUGGCGUCAACAGCAGAUGGAACGGGUUUGGUUGGAGUGACAUCAACACAACUUCAGCAGGUGCUUGAGUUUUUAAACUCAAACAAAUCGAAUUUUCAACUACAAGGUAAGAAGAAUAAUAUAUCCUGGAUUGUGGAUACAGGGGAUAAAAAUCAUGUCACUUGUAAUAUUGAUGACAUGAUAGAAGUAAAAGAUAUUAAGGCAUGUUCAGUUGGCUUGCCAGACAGAAAGUAUGCAAACUCUGAUAAAAUAGGAACUGUGAUUCUUCCUGGUGGUUUGAAACUUGAUAAUGUUCUAUACGUACCUCAGAUAACAUGUAACUUAAUUUCGGUUGCACAAAUGAUCGAUGAGUUAGCAUGUAUUGUACAAUGUACUAACAGUUUAUGUCUUAUACAAGACCGGCUGACGAGGAAGGUGAUUGGAGUAGGUGAGAGACAUGGUAGACUAUAUAUUUACCUUGGUGUGCCUCCUGUUAAAGUACUUGUUGUUAGUGGAAACUCAUAUGAGCUAUGUCAUCAAAGAAUGGGACAUCCAUCAGAGAAAGUUUUACAAAAGCUACCAGUUGUGAGUAGGUUAUUUAAAAAGAAUAAUAAUUCUUGUGCUAUUUUCCCACGAGCAAAACACCGUAGAAGUAGUUUGAGUAAAGCCAGUUGUAUAUUUGAGUUAGUUCAUCUGGAUUUAUGGGGUCCUUAUAAGACACCUUCUUCUUGUGGAGCUCAUUAUUUUCUGACAAUAAUUAAUGGGAUAGUCUUUGAGACAUCAUGUGUUGGUACACCCCAACAGAAUGAGAGGGUUGAAAGAAAACACCAACAUAUAAUGAACGUGGCAAGAGCCUUGAGAUUUCAAGCCAAUUUACCAAUACGUUUUUGGGGAGAGUGUGCACUGACUUCAGCGUACUUGAUUAAUCGUACACCAACACCUAUUCUUAACAACAAAACUCCAUAUGAAAUCAUGUUUGGGAAGCAGCCUCCAUAUGAUCAUUUGAAGGUGUUUGGGUGCUUGUGUUAUGUACAUAAUCAAAGUAGUAAAGGGGAUAAGUUUGCAAGCCGAGGAAGGAGAUGUGUAUUUCUUGGUUAUCCUUUUGGCAAUACUGGAAAUUCCACUGAGAUUGUUCCAUCAAAUAAUGAUGUUUGUUGGAGUGAUGAUGAAGAUAGAGAAGAAGAACAGUUGUCUAGAGGAGGUGCGGAAACUCGUCAAGACGAGUUGCAACAAGGAAGCAUUGAUGAAUCAGUGUGUGAGACUAAUUGUGAAACUAAAGAAUUGCAAGGAAAAAUCUCAAGAACAACCUGA